GAUUUGUAAAAAGAAGUAGUGGAAGAUAAAACUGGACAGCUGGGGAGACCAUGCUCAGUGGGACUUCUCAGAUACCUGCAGUAGCCAACAUGUCUUUGGUCCUGCUUUCCCUCCUCUGGUUCAUCAUUCAAACUCAAGCAAUAGCCAUGAAGCAAACACCUGAAUUAGAACUCUAUGAAGUAGUUCGUCCUAAAAGACUACACAUUUUACGCAAAAGAGAGAUACAGAACAACCAGACAGAAAAGCUUGGUGAAGAGGAAAGGCAUGAGCCUGAACUUCAGUAUCAGAUUGUAUUAAAUGGAGAAGAAGUCAUUCUUCACCUAGAAAAGACCAAGGGUCUCCUGGGGCCAGACUACACUGAAACAUAUUACUCACCCAGGGGAGAGGAAAUCACCACAAGGCCUCAGAAUGUGGAACACUGCUACUAUAAAGGACACAUCCUAAAUGAGAAGGACUCUGUUGCCAGUAUUAGUGCUUGUGAUGGGUUGAGGGGCUACUUCACACAUCACAAUCAAACAUACAUGAUAAAGCCUCUGAAAAGCACAGACCAGGAAGAACACGCUGUCCUCACAUUCAACCAAGAGGAGCCAGACCUAGCUCGUCAGACCUGUGGCGUGAGGAGUGUGGGCAGGAAACAAGGCCUCCCUCGCACCUCCAGGUCCCUCAAUAGCCCACAGCAAGACGAGUUUCUUCAGGCUGAGAAAUACAUUGACCUCUUUUUGGUGAUGGAUAAUGCCUUUUAUAAUAUGUACAAGAAGAAUCUAACUUUGAUAAGAAGCUUUGUGUUUGAUGUGAUGAAUCUACUCAAUGUGAUUUAUAAAACCAUAGAUGUUCAAGUAGCCUUGGUAGGUAUGGAAAUCUGGUCUGACGGUGAUAAGAUAAAGGUGGACUCCAACAUAGGCGUCACCUUUAACAACUUUCUGAAUUGGCAUCGUUCUAACCUGGGGAAAAAGAAGAUCCACGACCAUGCUCAGCUACUCAGUGGAGUUGCCGCCAGCAAUCGACGUGCAGGAAUGGCAGCCGCGAAUUCCUUAUGUUCCCCAUCAUCGGUUGCUGUUAUUGAGGCUAAGAACAAGAAUAGUGUGUCACUUGUAGCAGUGAUGUCACAUGAGUUGGGUCAUGUCCUUGGAAUGCCUGAUGUUCCCUAUGACACCAAGUGUCCCUCUGGGAGUUGUGUGAUGAAUCAAUAUCUGAGUUCAAAAUUCCUGAAGGAUUUCAGUACCUCGUCCCGUGCACAUUUUGAAAAGUACAUGUUAUCUCGUAAACCAAGGUGCCUGCUGCAAGCUCCAAUUCCUGAAAAUAUAAUAACACAACCGGUGUGUGGGAACCAACUUCUGGAAGUGGGAGAAGAUUGUGAUUGUGGGUCUCCUAAGAGACUGAAUCAAAAAAUCUACUUCAGCGAGAUGCUGCUUGCCAGGACAAGAGUCAAGAAAUCUAAACACCCCGGGAAUCGUGUAUUUUCACCUUUGCACUUCGAUAUAUUUUGCUUUGCACUUCUCAAUAUCCUUGCCGUGUUUUUACAAGUCCAGCAAACAGAGGGACAGAUGGGCUUAGAGAAGGUGCCAGUUUUCUGAGACCUGAUCUUUAAUGUAUUUUUAAGGAUCGUGAAGCUAUUGUUUAGCUCUGCUCUUUGGAGAACACAAGAAAUUAGCCUUUGACCAAAACACCUCACAAUGCACCGCUGAAUCGUGCAGAGUCAUCCGGGAUUGCAAAAGUACAGUGACUUAUAUUUCAACCCCGCUUUCAUUUUGCUAAGAUGGCCCAUGAGAAAACCCGACCACUUGAGGAGCGAGGCCUUCAGCGGAAGAAAGGAGAGCCGAGGUCAUGUGCCAUUUAUUCCUCCAUAGUGUCCCAGGGCCUUGCUCUGAGGAGUGUGGCAUUUUUCUACACCAUGUCAAGAUUAAUUAACUAUAAAAAUUUUUAUUUUACCAUGCAUAAUCCUUUACACAUCUUUUACUAUUACAUAUAAUGAUUUUCAAAAGUCUGCAUUGCUUACAUUUCAACUGAGUCAUCAAGGAAUGCUUCAUUCAUCUACUGAUUUAAUGAACCAUAAUGCAAUGAAUAAAAACACAACUUUUUGAGGA